AAACGAGUUAGAAACGUGUCAUUAAGACGAGCGCACCGCGACCUUGACCUGGGUCGCCAGUAAACAAGGAGCACCGGCACCCUCAAGCGCCGGUCGUCGACGCCCGAUCGGCGGUCGUCUCUCCCGAGAGUGAGCGCCCAAACCCCUGCGCGCGACCGAUCCCUCGGACUUCCGACCCUUGCUCGCGACUGCCCGACUUCCCGCGAUACGACCCGACCUGGCACUCACGCCCCUGUUCCAUCCCCUCGUGAUCGCAGUGGCCACCGCCGAGAUUCAGUUUGAGAAUUACGUGCUGUCCAGGGGCGGCACGCGCCUCAUCCGGAAGGUCCUCGUCGCGAACAAUGGCUGUAAGUCUCCUUGUCAAUCCGAUCGAGCCCCUCCGCCUCCGCCCCGCGAUUCUUUUCCACGGACUGGGGGCGGUGAAGGCAAUCCGGUCGCUCAGGCUCUGGGAGUACGAGACGUUCAGGACGCACGAGAUUUUGCACAUCGUGUGCAUGGCGACGGAGGACGACGUCAAGGCCAACGCCGAGUACAUCAGGCUCGCGGACGAGUUCAUCACCGUCGAAGGAGGCUCCAACCGGAACAACUACGCCAACGUGGAUCUGAUCGUCAAGGUGGCGCGCAGGUGCCAGGCGGACGCGGUUUGGCCCGGGUGGGGUCACGCCUCGGAGAAUCCAAAGCUCCCAGCUGCGCUCGCGUACCACGACAUCGCCUUCCUCGGACCGUCCGCGGAAUCGAUGGAUGCCGUCGGUGACAAGAUCUGCGCGAAUAUCCUGGCGCAGUCGUGCGACGUGAACGUGAUCCCCUGGUCGGGUUCCGGUCUGACGGUCCCGGACAUCUCGAUUCCCGAGGAUGUGCUGCUCGCGGCGACGCUCGGGGACCUGGCCCAGGCGGAAGAGAGCGCCAAGAAGGUUGGGUUCCCGCUGAUGAUUAAGGCUUCGGAGGGAGGCGGCGGCAAGGGGAUCCGUAUGGUGUCGAACAUGGAGGAGCUCCGCACGGGAUUCGUUCAGGUUCAGGCGGAGGUGCCCGGCUCUCCCGUGUUCAUCCAGCAGCUGUCGACCAACUCCAGGCAUCUGGAGGUUCAGGUCGUAGCUGACAAGCACGGCAACGCAAUCUCCCUGUACGGACGCGACUGCUCGGUGCAGCGCAGACACCAAAAAAUCAUAGAGGAAGGUCCCGUGACUGUUGCGCCGAGGGAGCUGUGCGAGGAGCUUGAGCGCGGCGCUGUCAGGCUCGCAAAGAAGGUUCGGUACAGCGGAGUGGGAACCGUGGAGUACCUCUACAACAUCACCACGGGCGAGUACUCUUUCCUGGAGGUGAACCCGCGUCUGCAGGUGGAACAUCCGGUGACAGAGACAAUUACGGGAGUUAACCUUCCCGCGGUGCAGCUCCAGAUUGCCAUGGGCAUCCCCCUGAACAAGAUGCCUCACAUUAGAAGGUUCUACGGUCAGGCUGAUCCCAACGGUGUCACCCCGAUUGACUUUGACACCGCGCCCCAGAACCCACCCAUGGGACACUGCAUGGCGGCGAGAGUGACCGCGGAGGAUCCAGAGAGCGGCUUCAAGCCCACGUCAGGUGCGAUUCACUCGCUCCACUUCCGAUCCUUGCCCGGUGUCACCGGCAACUUCUCCGUCGGCCUCACCGGGGGCGUGCACCAGUUUGCGGAUAGCCAGUUUGGGCACAUCUUCGCGCAUAAGCCAACCAGAGACGAGGCCGGCACUUUGCUGGUCCAUGCGCUCUCAGAACUCAGCAUCCGGGGCGAGAUCCACACGAACGUCAAGUACCUUUGUUCGCUCAUCGAGAAGGAUCAGUUCCGAGCCGACCUACACUCCACCGCGUGGCUGGACGGGUUGAUUGCGGAGCAGGACAGAGCCCAGGCGCUGGACGACCACCUCGUGGUUGUGUGCGGCGCGGUCAUGCGCGCUGCAUCCAGACACCAGGAGCUGGAGAGCAGGGUGGUUGAUGCGCUGACCCGAGGGGUGCCCCCAGAGGCGUGGAUGACCAACCUGUCCGAGCACUCCUUCGAGCUCAUCUACAAGGACAUCAAAUACUCUCUGCGAGUCACCAUGGGCAGCCACACCUUGUUUUACAUCCACGUCAACGGCGAGGCGGUGUGCGAAGCGGAGGUGCUGGUACUGCAAGACGGCGGUUUGAAGGUGCUUCUCGGAGGCAGGGCGCACAGCGUGUACACCGAGCCCUCAAAGGUUGGUCUCAAGGUGCACGUCGACGGGCACCCUUGCUUCUUCCCGGAUGACUUUGACCCGACAAAGAUGAGCGCGCCAGGGACUGGUAAACUCAUCAGGUACCUCGUCCCCGACGGGGGAAGGGCCGUGGAGGGCGUGGCGUACUGCGAGGUGGAGGUGAUGAAGACCGUCAUGCCUCUCCUCGCCACCAGCACCGGAUUGGUGACGCAUUUGCUGCAGCCAGGUGCAGCACUCGAGACAGGUGACGCGCUCUGCGCGGUUGAGGUUGAGGAUCCCUCCUCGGUGAAGGUGAGCCAGCCGUUCAGCGGCGAGUUCACCAAGAUCGAGUCGCGCAAACUCACCGGUGCCCUCAAAGACGACGGCGCCCUAGUCAAGUUCAACGUAAACACGGCGGGAAUCCACCAGCUGCUCGCUGGAUACGACUUCAACAAGACGGCUGAUCCGGUGACGCCGCUGCUGGAGGUUCUCGGCACCCUGGAGCUGGCGCUCGACGACUUCUCCGAGACUAAGCAGGCUGUCAGUUCCAGGGCGUCCAAGGCGGCACUUGCAGAGCUUGCGUCUAUCGAGGAGUUCAUGCAAAGCGCCAUGGUCACCGACGACGGCACCGAUGUCGUCUCAGUCGCGGUGAAGCGGGUCCGCGAUCUCAUCGAUGAGCACGGACCGGAUUUUGCGCCGCUGCGGUCCUUCGUCGAUCAGUUCGAGGGCGGCCUGCACAUGAACCGCGUGAGAGUGCUGACCAGGCAUCUCGAAACUUUUCUGGAUGCCGAGGAGCCGUUCGCGUGCAGCGCCAGCUUCGAGGAUGCCAUCAUGGUUCUCAGGUCCAGGUACCGGGGUGACGCGUCCGCGGUUGUCCAAUAUGCUCACGCGCACUCACGACUGGCUCAAAGGUCUGCGCUGAUCCUUAAGAUCCUCGAUGAGGUGAGCUCGAACGACAUGAUUGACGCACAACCAAUGCUCGAGGCCGUGCGCAGACUCAUGAAGCUCGAGUCCGCGUCCCAGUCUGGGUACAAGGAGGUGAGCUACAGGGCGAGGCAGAUCAUCGUCGUGAAGCAGGACGCCAGCCGAAAGUCCAGGCGCGAAAGAAUGAAGGCCAUGUCCGGUAGCAACCUCGCCAUGGCGUCCGGCGGGAACCUCGAGAAGUUGGCGCAUAGCCGUCAGGAGAGCCUCUCGGACUUUGGUCUGGCGUCUGCCGGGUCCCUUUACGGCGGAAGCAUGGACGACCUUACCUCCCUCAACGGCAGCGAAACCGAGUCGUCGCUCGGUCCCGGGACACCCGGCGUGCCCGGUGACAGGACCAAGCGCAGGUCUGUCGGUACUCUCUUCCUUGACAACACCAACACUCUCGCGCGGUUCAACUCGUACGCCAACCUUGCUGAGGAGAUUGGCAUGAUCCGCGGUCACGAAGAGGCGGAGCAGGAGGAUGACGGUCCAUCGUGGCAGACGCUCUUCGAAGCGCCGUCCGAGACGGAAAAGUUUGCCGCCAUCGAGGCUCUCUUCGCCGCCGCAGGUAUCGACCUUCCCGCGACCCAAGGGGCGGGACCGCACGUCUUCGACGCCGAUCCCGCGGUCACGUUCGUCAGGCUGGACGGGGGCCGUAACCUGGUGCUUUUCGCGCCGUCCCUCGGCCACGCGGUUUCCGCGCUGCCCGAGGCCAACGCUGAGAAGCCGGAGGAGCUUGCGUUUGUCAUCAACUAUCCGAGGCUGCACGGCAGAGAGGACCGAGACAUUCGCGACGCGGCGCAGGCGUUCGUCAGCGGACAACACCUCGCAGGGGCGAUCUCGCUCGCCACUUCGCGCGUCGCGGUCACCCUCCUCGCCAUCGGCGAGCGCCCGCAGCACUUCACCUUUGCGCGCAACUUUGCCAACGGGUCGCUCGUGCCGGCUUCGGCGGCACCGGCACACCUGCCUCCUCCCUCACCCACCUCCUCGCCGCUCGCGCCUGAGGGCGAGUUCAAGGAGGUGAGCGUGGCGAGGGGCUUCUGGCCGCACAUGGCGGCGCAGAUGGAGGUGGAGCGCCUGGCCAACUUCCAGGUGGAGUGCGUCGGUAUGAUCUCCAGCAGGACCCACGGCAAGCGCACCCGCAACUGGGUCAACGCCAGCGAGUACUCCAUCGGCGUCUUCCUCGCGGAAGAGGUUGUGCCGCAGAGCAGACGGGGCGCCAAGUUGCCGCAGCGCGAUCGACGCGUGUUCCUUCGCGCGGCGGUUUACCACAAGGAGCUUCUUCUCGCCGGCGUUGAGGCUCCCAACGGCGGCCAUAAGCGAACACCCUCCGGUUCGGUGUCCAUCGACCUCGAUUCCCUCGCGGAUCACAAGUGGACCUCUGUGCACGACGACUCCGUGCUCGCGGAUGUGCUCGGGUCCCUGGAGCUCGCAGUUGGCCAGCACGGCACCGCGUGGAACCACGUCUACAUCAACAUGGUCGGCACCACCGUGGAGGACUUGCCGAGGAUCGAGGCGGCCAUCGCGAGCUUCAUCCACCUCACCUUUGAGGACCUCAGGCGCCUCAAGGUUUCCUGCGUCGAGGUUCGCGUCGGUGGCGGCGAGGUCGUGGCGCUAAACACCUCAGGUCUCAAGUUCAAGAUGACCUCAACCGUGCAUGACACCUUGGUUCCUGCGCCCAGGCCCCCGCUGUACCCUCUCCUGGACACCAUCCAGCGCAAGAGGAUGAUCUGCCAGAACCUCAACAGCACCUACGCGUACGACUUCCCUGAGAUUUUCGCAAACGUUCUGGCUGAGAAGGGCGGGAACGGCGAGGAUGCGCCCCAGCCUGGGAUCAAGCGCCUGGUGGAGCUCGUGCUGGAGCUUCCCGCGGGUUCUUCCCACCAGCUUGUCGUGCCUGGUCACGGCAAGAGCGGCAACCUGGUGGAGGUUGAGCGCGCGCCGGGUAUGAACGACGUCGGCAUGGUAUGCUGGAGGGCGACGCUGGUGACGGAGGAGUACCAGAACGGUCGCGAUAUCAUCCUCGUGGCGAAUGACAUCACUCACAUGUCGGGUUCGUUCUCCCCGAGGGAAGAUGCGGUGUAUAGGGCGGCGUUUGACCUCGCCGUCGCUGAGGGCCUCCCCUGCGUUUACAUCAGCAGCAACAGCGGCGCCAGGAUCGGCCUGGAUGAGGCGGUCAAGGCUGCGUUUAAGGUAGCAUGGGUGGAUGCCUCGAAACCCAGCCGCGGGUUUGAGUACCUCUACCUCACGGAGGAUGACUACGAGAUGCUCGGCACGAACGGGCGGGUGCUUGCAGACAGGGUCGUGGAUAGCGAGACGGGUCAGGUUCGCUUCGCGCUCACAGACGUGUGCGGCGGGCAGGGUGUCGAGUGCCUGCAGGGUAGCGGUGAGAUUGCCGCUGCGACGAGCAGAGCCUACAAGAGCACGGUCACCCUCGCGUACGUCACGGGCAGGUCGGUCGGUAUCGGCGCGUACUGCUCGCGGCUGUGCCAACGCGUCAUCCAACACAACGACGCGCCGCUCAUCCUCACCGGCGCCUCUGCGCUCAACAAGGUCCUCGGCCGCGAGGUGUACACGUCAAACGCGCAGAUUGGCGGCCCGAAGGUGAUGGCGAACAACGGCGUUUCUCACAUGGUGGUGCCGGACGACGUGCGCGGCGUGAGCAACAUCUUGCGAUGGCUGUCCUUCGUCCCGGCGAAGAAGGGCGCGCCUCUGCCGUUCACCCUGCCGAAGGGCGACGGGUUCGACACCAUCCAUCGGCCCGUUGGGUUCACCCCUGCGAAUGCGCCACACGAUCCGAGGGAGAUGCUUCAGCACUUCUUCGACCGUGGAUCGUUCAUGGAGGUGAUGACGGACUGGGGCAGGAGCGUGGUCACGGGUAGGGCACGCCUCGGAGGGCUUCCCAUCGGCGCCAUCGCGGUUGAGACGCGCACGAGCGAGAAGACUGUCCCCGCGGAUCCGGCGUUUGAGGGAGCUCAAAUCACGGAGGAGACGCAGGCGGGUCAGGUUUGGUUCCCCGACAGCGCGUUCAAGACGGCUCAGGCCAUCGGGGACAUGAACCGCGAGGGACUCCCUCUGAUUAUCUUCGCCAACUGGCGCGGGUUCGCCGGCGGUCUGAGGGAUAUGUACGGGGAGAUUCUCAAGUACGGCGCCUACAUCGUCGACGCCCUGAGGGAGUACAAGCAACCUAUCUUCGUGUACAUCCCCACGAAUGGCGAACUCAGAGGCGGCGCGUGGGUGGUUAUUGACUCCAGCAUCAACCCUGAGCAGAUGGAGUUCUACGCGGCGCAGGGCAGCAAGGGUGGCGUCCUCGAACCCGAGGGUGUUGUUGACAUCAAGUUCCGCCGUGCGGAUCUGGUCAAGGUGAUGAAGAGGUCCUUGCCCCAGAUGCAGAACGUGGGCGACGACGACGGCGCGGAGAAGAAGCUCGAGAAGGAACUGAUGCCGACGUUCAAACAGCUGGCGACGCACUUCGCCGCGCUGCACGAUACUCCUGGCGUAAUGUUGCACAAGCGCGCCAUUAAGGAGAUCGUGCCGUGGGACAAGUCAAGGGAGUUCUUUGCAUCCCGCCUCCGCAUGCGCGUCGCGGAGGAGCGCGUCAAGGAAUUGAUUCGUGCGCAGUGCCCGGUGAUCACUAAUGAGCAGAUGGCGUCGCACCUCUCGGAGCUGCGCGAAACUCUGGAGGAGAUUGCCGCCGCCGAGGACGAAGCGGUGGUCCCCGAGGAGAAGGAGGAGGUUAUGAGGUUCAUAGAAGGCAUCGGCGCGUAGACGUAGACGUAACAUUCUUUGUCCGGAAAAUUGAUCUCAAACU